CUCCGAUUCUCUACAAAUUGUUCCUCUCUCUCUCUGUCAUUUUUUUUAUCCAUCUCCUCUCUUAUUCUCCUGCCCUCUUGGUUGAUCGAAAAAUAGAAGUUAAGAAAUGAAAAAGAUAAAAAUCACAGCGGAACGUUUGUAGCAAUCUCUGUCAUUUGGUUGUCAGAAAGAGAUAGCAAGUUAAACUAGACGAGGAGAAUUGCAACUACAUCCCUUGCAAUACAGAGAAAAAAAAUGCAAUUUCCGGCGGCAAGCCUGUUAUAUUAAUUGGAGCAAGGGUUUUCUUCUGGCGGCAAUUCUCUAAAUUUCAUCGGUGCAAGGCUUUUCUUCUUAAUCUGAAGAGGGUUUUCUUCUAGCGGUAAUCCCACAUCACUGGUUUUGGCCUGGUUAUAUUCGAUUUUUCCCUUCCACCACUGGCGCUGAGGGAAGCGAAUCUAGCAAUUCAAGCCGUUGGUUUUCUCUCCAGCAGAUCUCAAGGUUUUCAGUAUUAAGUAAAUCAAUAUUAUAUCUCCAAUGUCGCUUCAAGCAAGUCUUGCAAAGUUCAAGCAGCAGCAAGAGAAGUGCCAGUCUACACUCACCAACACACCAAGGGCAGGGGCAUCAAAGCCCACUCAAAAAGUUACACCUGCAAGCACUCCUUCAAGAACUCCUUCUGCUCCAGUAAAAUUCUCUAAUGAUACGGAGAGGCUUCAGCACAUCAACAGCAUAAGAAAGGCCCCUGUUGGUGCUCAGAUCAAGCGUGUUCUAGACCUACUUCUAGAGACACGGCAAGCAUUCACCCCAGAGCAGAUAAAUGAAGCAUGUUAUGUUGAUACAAAUUCCAACAAAGCCGUUUUUGACAGUUUGAGGAAUAACCCUAAAGUGAACUAUGAUGGAAGGCGUUUCUCUUACAAGUCAAAACAUGAUUUAAAGGACAAGAACCAACUGCUUGUCUUGAUACGGAAGUUUCCCGAGGGUAUUGCUAUCAUUGAUCUGAAGGAUGCGUAUCCAACUGUAAUGGAGGACUUACAGGCUCUGAAGGCUGCAGGACAGGUUUGGCUGCUCUCAAAUUUUGAUUCGCAAGAAGACAUUGCUUACCCAAAUGAUCCCAGAGUUCCAAUCAAGGUAGAUGAUGAUUUGAAGCAGCUCUUCAGGGGUAUUGAGCUUCCACGUGAUAUGGUUGACAUUGAGAAGGACCUCCAGAAGAAUGGAAUGAAGCCUGCAACCAACACUGCCAAGAGAAGGGCCAUGGCCCAGGUGCAUGGUAUUGCACCAAAGUCCAAGCCCAAGAAGAAACAACGUGAAAUUAGCAAGAGGACCAAGCUAACCAAUGCCCACCUUCCAGAGCUCUUCCAGAAUUUAAAUGUCCCUGAUACUUGAAAGUAUAUUGAAGUCAUUAUUUGGGACUUGAGUUUCUUCAUUUGCUUGAAUGUAUCAUCCCAUUUGCAAAGCAAUGAGCUAUAUAUUAUGCACACUUAAAUUCUCAAAAUUACCAGUGUGAUUUUGCAUAGGGGAACGACUUGUAUUGUCCAACAUCCACCUUAAAAAUAGUGUUGGAUUUUGGUUGUCCCACAUCUGGUUCUGUUUGUUCACACCUUAAGAUUGGCGGAGUGAAUAAUUUGAUUUGUCUAAUUGAAGAGGAGGACAUCUGUUGCUCUUAAUAAGGAGCUUGGACUUGAAUUGUAUAUGCGGAUAUCAUGAUGAAAAGCAAGGAAUUAGUUGUUUGUGCAUUUUCAGAUACAGUAAAUGACUUCCACGGCCCUUGUCUGAUCUA